AUGCGCGACCUUCGCAAGCAGGCUCUCGAGAGCCACAAGACUAUGUCGCGUAAAGCGCGUUCAAAGAUCGCCUCUGGCAAUUCUUCAGUAGCUGGCUCUCGGACGGCUAGUCGCAACGUAAGCCGUGCUCCUUCGGACGAAGGCGACGACGGCUAUCUCAGCGACGAAACAGCUUGGAGCACCAACUCUCUCGACGACAUCCUCAACGGAGAAGAUGUCAAUAUUUCGGAAGAACAAUGGAAGUCCGAGCUCAACGUGCGUAUCGAGCAGAUCACCAAUUUGAAGCGCAGCACCACUGAGGGCCGUACUGCGAGCUUUGCUGCUUAUGCCUACAUUAUUAUGGCCCGUUUCGCCAAUGAGGAGAUUGAGCCUCAGAUCAGAGAGCUGCUACAGUCGAUGCUUCGAAGCAUCAGGCAAGAGACUACGCCAAGUGAGACAAUCAAGGCUCUUAAAGCUCUUGCUGCGACCAUCGUGACCCUUGAUACCGGCGAUGUCUACGAGGAUGUUUCGGGAGAACUCAAGCGAGCAAUACAAUCAGAGUCUGGUGAAGUCCAGGCCAACGCCAUCCAUUGUCUUGGCGUAGCUGCCUUCUUCGGUGGAGCUGGUGAAGACGAAAUUAAGGACAUCAUGACGCUGUUCCUUGGAAUCGUCGAGUCAGAUGGGGCGUCUGUGGACGCUCCGGAUAAUGGUAGCGUCGUCACAGCUGCCCUUGAGAGCUGGGGCUUGCUUGCCACAGAUAUUGAUGAUCUCCAAGAAGAGACUGAAGCGGCCAUUGAGGCCUUUGUGGAUCAGCUUGAAAGCUCUGAUGCUGGUGUGCAAAUUGCCGCAGGAGAGAACAUUGCCUUGUUGUAUGAGAAAUCUUACACUGCUCAAGAGGAGGAUGAGGAGAUCGAACCCGAGUGGGUUAACGAGGAUCAUCCAGAGUUUGUUAAAGGGGCUUCAAAGUUGGUCAACCGUUACCAGGUGUACCGCAAUCAGUCCAAGCUGCUGCAAACCCUCGAUGAUCUGGCGACAGUGUCUUCGCGGAGAAUAUCAAAGAAGGACCGCAGAACACUACACUCGACUUUCACGGAUAUUCGCAAUUCUGUCGAAAAACCGUCACGUGGUCCUGGGUAUUCAACAGUGAUCAGCGAGACCGGACGAGUAUACGGUGCUGGUCGAAUGAGAGUCCGGAUCAACAACAGUCUUGAGUUGAAGAUCGACGAGUGGUGGAAGCUCAUAAGGUUCAAUGCGGCCAGAAGAACACUCCAAGGAGGUUUUGCGCACCACUGGGAGUACAACGAGACUGUCUCAUCAGCUCUCCCGUUCUCGGUCAACCGUCGUGCCAAGCAUUAG